GCUGGGCAGCCCCACGGCGUCGCUGCCGGCCUCCAGCAGCGGCGGUCUGGCCGAGUCGCAGGGCGAGUCCAGCCCGUCGCGAAUGCUGGGCAAGUCCGGCAAAGGCACGGGAACGGGCACCAACAUCAACCGCUCGGAGAGCUACCGCGAGCGCGUGUCCCAGAAGAAACAGCUGCGGGAGCGGCGAAAGACGAGCGAUCCGAACCUGUCAAAGAGCAAACAUGUAGAGGACAGGAGUGGGCGUCAGUCGAAGGCCCCCGGGCCUGGCCCUGGGCCCCUGGGUCCCUAUUGCCCGGAGCGCAAGAGUGAUGCGGACUUGGACGGCCAGGGAAGUCACGGAGUACACGGAGUACCAGGGCUGGCGGCCUACCACUCUGGAAGCUCCAGCAACUCCAGUCUGUCCAACAGGAGUCUUGAGGAGCACAACCACACUGGAGAAGGCAGUGGCCAUGCAAGUCAUGGAGCGUCAGGCAGUGCAGGAGCACCACCUCAGUGGGGUUCAGAUGCUGAACUUGAACCAGACCCGCCAGACUGGACUAGUAGUGUGAGUGAAGAAGUCCUCAAGAGUCUCACCUCUCGGGAGAAGAAGCGGCAGGAAGUUAUCAACGAACUGUUCCAUACUGAACGCUCCCAUGUUCGUAACCUUAAAGUGUUGGACCUUGUAUUUAGAAGGCCACUUGCUGAGUCAGGUAUUUUGUCAAUUGAGAGCAUGGGUCUCAUAUUUGCCAACCUUGAUGAGAUGCUAGAAACGCAUUCGGGAUUCAAUAAUAGCUUUAAAAUCAAACGUAAAGAAAACCCUGUAGUUGGUGAAAUUGGUGAUUUAUUGCUGAGUAUGUUUGAUGGACCAGCAGGAGACGAUUUCCAACAGGCUGCUUCAAAGUUUUGUGCUAGACAGCAAACCUCAUUGGAGUUUUUAAAAGAAAGGAGGAAAAAAGAUGCCAAGCUGCACAGCUUUCUGUGUGAAGCUGAAGGCAAUCCAAUGUGUCGGAGGCUUCAGCUUAAAGACAUAAUUCCUAGUGGAAUGCUCCGUCUAACAAAAUAUCCAUUGCUCUUUGAAAAUUUGUUAAAAUACACAACCUGUACAGAGGAUGUUCCAUCAGCUGAAUACAUCAAAGUACAGAGAGCAUUGGAGAGAAGCAAAGAAAUUCUUAAUCAAGUUAAUGUUGCUGUCAAGGAGGAAGAAGAUUUACAGAAACUGCAGGGUAUUCAAAAACGUAUUGAUCGAAGUGCAUUCGACAAAUUAGACUUUUCAGUUUCACAAGAGUUCCGGAACCUGGAUAUAACAAAACACAAACUAGUACAUGAGGGUCCCCUCAGCUGGCGCAUUGGCAACAGACAGAAAUUUGUAGACUUGCAUGUUCUACUAAUGGAAGAAAUCAUCAUAUUACUGCAAAGACAAGAUGACAAGUUUAUUUUAAAGUUUUAUAAUGUAAAUGCAGGUGGCACUAGCUCUAAUGAACGUGCACCAACUCUGUCCCCAAUCAUCAAAGUAUCGACUGUGUUGGUGCGACCAAAUGCUGUUGAUAAGAAAGCUCUUUACCUAGUAAACACUUCUCAUAAUGGGGCUCAAAUAUAUGAUUUAGUAGCAGCUUCUUCUUCUGAACGAAAAGUUUGGUUUAGAAGGAUAUCAGAAGCUGCUGAAAAGCAUAAGAAAACUGACAACAGAAGUAGAAGAUCUGAAGUUUCCAAUAAUACUGCUGAUGAUUCCAUGGACACUGAUAAAGCCAAAGUGUCUGAUGAUGGAGUGGCUCAGGGGUGUCCUGAAGAUGAUACAUCAGUGUCAGACAAAUUGGCGAGUGAUUCGUCUUCCACCAGCACACCUGUUGCAAGUGGUAACAUGCAAGCACCUCAAUCAACUUCAACCCCCAAAGCUCCAGCAGGAGGAGAAACUAUGGUCUCACCCUCCUUACAAAGAAGAAGUGAGCCUUUACGAUUGACUACUGAAGAGAAUGCCCUUAUUGAACCCUCUGAAGUAACCAUUUCUCAAAGGCCUGUCUUAACAGCUGAGCCUGUGCUCACACCUAUAGAGCGAUUACGGCGUAAGGAUGAGGCUGUUCGUCAAGCUCUCUUAGAAAAACAGCAGUUAGUGGCUGACAUUUUGCAUGUGCCUCACGAAGAUUUUAACACUAUAGCUGAAAUUGCUGCACAGCCCAGCCAUGACAAGGAAGCAGCAGAGGUUGUCCUUGCUGCUAUCAACCAAGUGAAUUUGUUAUCUUCUGUAUUGAAUGAAAGUUUAAGAGUAUCUGAAGAGGACACAGUUGUCGCUUCAGUAGGAACAUCACCUCGUUUGGACCGUCGUUCAGUUUGCAUACCAACUGUCCCUGUUGAUCGAUUGAUAGAUGUCUCAUCAUCGAUUAGUGCUCAAUUAACACAAUUAUUAAAGAUGAUGAAAGAACGAGAUGAAGAGAGAGAGAGAUUGAGACGUGAGCUUCAAAGAUGUCGAGAGCAACUUCAUGUGAUGCAUGAAAGUCAGAGGAGAGAGAAACGGGAAUCGUCUUCAGAUACAGCGGCAGGUCAAAAUGCUGAGUUUGAGGGUUUAAUUCUAGGUUUAGAAAAUCUGCUUCCAAAAACGCCCCACACAGAAGAGACUGAUGGAGAGUCCAGCCAAAUUGCUUCUACUCCUAUUGAGGAAAGAGAGGAAGAGUCAACAAAUGAUGACAGUGGAGCAGCAGAGGUGAAGAGUGGUGUGAAUGAGGGGGAUCCACACUAGUCAUUCACAAGCUGAAAAAUCUCAAGGUCUACAAAUUUUGCUUUACUGUUACUUCAGAUGCAGGCAUUUACAAAACCGCUCCUUGUGCUUAGUGCCAAGGGGCUAAACCUAGUCUCAGCAUCUCUAAUGAUUAUUGAGUACUUAGUCCUUAGGGUGUGGAAAGCUUCUCUCAAAGCAUUGCAAGUCUAUGCUUGUUUUUUCUGUAACCAAUGUACCCCAUUGUUGCUAUAUUUAACUGGUAGCAUUAACAUUUUCACAAAUGUUCAAUUCUGCCUCGGGUGCAAUUGUUGCAAAAGUGCAUAUGUAAUAGUUUAUGUAGAUAUAUCUGUUAAAAUGUAAAUUGAUUAUGUGUCCAUUGUUAUUGCUUACCAGUGUGCAUAUGUUUUCAAUUCAAAUAUCAUUUUUAAUCAAUUUCAUCGUAAGUUUUCCAUUGCAAAACUGUGAUACCGUGCAUCAGGAGUGUGAUGUGUGUAUAGAGAGACUAUUGGGAGAGCCGUUGUAUUCUUUGGUGUGAUAUCAUUUUGUUUCUUUCUGUGUAUUUAUUAAAUGGAAAAUCUUAUUGUCAUGCUUAUGUUACAUACAUGUUUUUGUUUUUGUUUUAAACUGAAGUAUGCUGAAUCAAGUCAUUAAAAGAUACCGUAUUGAAGAUUGAACUAUUUUUUUUGCUGGUGAUAUUUGAUGAUUGCAAUUCAGACUUCCUGUACCUGUUUGAUUCACAACCCAGAUAUCUAUCAUAAAGUCCUGCUAGAAUAUUUAUUCAAGUUCUUUAAUCCUUGAGUUAGAAUGGCUUAGACAUUCCAUUCAGUCAGACUGUAAUAGAUAUGGCUUAUUUUUGGCAUCAGUUUUUUUAAAUAGUCUUUUCUUUACAAAAUUUUGUCAGUGGAAGAAAAACAACCCUUAUGUAUCACCACUUAAUUUGAUUUUAACUUACGGAUACUUGUAAAGUGGUACUUAAGUACUGUACUGAUAUAUUUAAUCUGUAGUGAUCUGUUGUCUGUAUUUUGUUGUGUCAAGUAAUUCACAGGUGUAUUUACAUUAUAAAAAGUUAAAAUUUGUUCUAUUUUGUUA